AUGCUGCGCGUCGUUUUUUCUGCCAUCGUCGUCGCACUGCUGCUUCAGACAUGUUGUACCCGAGAAUUGCACGGUCCUCGUGCCCGUCGGGACGCUCGAGAAGAUAACGACGGCUCCCAGACGGUGCUGUCGGUGACGUUUCCCAGCACGAGCGAGGACGACAAGGGCGACCUUGUGAGCGCCGCUACUGGACACCAAGGUCACCAUCACGAGUCUGCUGGAGGUCAAUCUCACCACUCGGAUCAUCACGAGGAACACGGCGAAGAGGGUGAGAAGGGCUACAAGAGCCAUCAUCAUCACGAUAAGCACGACAAGGGCGAGCAUGAUAAGCAACAUAAGGCCGGCCACCACGAGGAACACGGUGGCCAUAAAAAGAAACACCACGACGAGCACGAGAAAUACGGCGAACACCACGAGGGCGAGAAAGGUCACAAGGGUGGCAAGUUCGGCGAGAAGAAGGGUCACAAGAAAGGUCACAAGACCAAAGGCUACCACAACAAAUUCCACAAGGACGAGUACCACAAGGAGCACAAGUUCUACGACGAUUACCAUAAAGGAGGACAUCACAAGAAGCAUGGAGAUUUCCAUGGACAUCAUGAGAAGAAGGAAGGAGAGCACAAGAAGGGAGGUCAUCACCACUCCGGUUAUCACGAGGAUCACCAUGGCAAGAAAGGACAUCAUGAUAAGGGUCACGUGGACGAGGAGCACAAGGGUCAUCAUGGGAAACACGGACACGAUGAACAUUAUAGUCAUCACGACGCUCAUGGGAAAAAGGGUGAUCAACAUGCUGGAAAGAAAUAUGGAUACAGUAAAGGUCACAAGGGUUAG